AUGAAUAAAACAAAUUAUUCUUCAGUGUCUGAAUUUGUGUUCCUGGGACUUUCUACCUCUAGGCAAAUACAGAAUUUCCUUCUUGCCUUCUCUACAGAGUUCUAUGUAGCAAUUGUUUUGGGAAAUCUCCUUGUUGUGUUUACUGUGACUUUUGAUUCCCAUUUACAUUCCCCCAUGUACUUCCUACUGGCCAAUCUCUCCUUUAUUGACUUAUGUCUUUCUACCUUAACUGUUCCUAAGAUGAUUUCUGAUUUGUCCUCUGGGCAUAAAACCAUCUCCUUCCAGGGAUGUGUCAUCCAGAUAUUUGUCCUUCAUGUCCUGGGUGGAUCUGAGAUGGUGUUGCUCAUCGCCAUGGCUUUGGACAGAUAUGUGGCCAUAUGUAAGCCCCUCCACUACCUGACUGUCAUGAACCCACGGAUGUGCACUCUCCUUGUGUCAGGUGCUUGGACUAUAGGCCUCAUCCACUCCGUGGUUCAACUAGCCUGUGUUGCCCACUUGCCUUUUUGUGGUCCUAAUGAGAUAGACAGCUUUUACUGUGACCUUCCUUGGUUUAUCAAGCUUGCUUGUACAGAUACCUAUGCACUGGAAUUCAUGGUGACUGCUAACAGUGGGUUCAUUUCCAUGGGCACCUUCUUCUUAUUGAUUUUCUCCUAUGUCUUCAUCCUGGUAACAGUAUGGAAACACUCUUCAGGUGGACUGUCUAAGGCCUUCUCCACUCUGUCAGCUCACAUCACUGUGGUGGUUUUGUUCUUUGGACCAUGCAUUUUUGUUUACAUGUGGCCAUUCCCCACAGUGCCAGUGGAUAAGUUUCUUGCUGUUUUGGACUUUUUGAUUACACCCAUUCUGAACCCUGCCAUUUACACAUUGAGGAACAAGGACAUGAUCAAUGCCAUGAGGAGACUCAAGAGAGCUCUUCUGGGAUAUAAAAAAUAUAUUAAGAAAAUAAACUGA